CUUUUGCCCUCCGCCGGCCGCCGUCGCGGCCCCUCCCACCCGCGCGCGGCGGCUGGCGGUGUGGGCGGGGCGGCCGCGCCGUGAUGGCGGAGCCCGGCUGAGGUUUAUCAUCCAAAGGGAUUUCGGUCGUGCUUAAAAAGAUGCCUGCUGCCUGUGAUUCAGUGCUUGAAGACAUUGAAGACAUUGUGUCAGCACAAGAUCCAAAACCCCAUGAUCGGCAGUUUGUAAGAAAGAAUGUUUUUCCAAAAGUGCGAAAACGCAGCUCACAGCAAAAUACUCAGACAGAUGAUGAUCCCCCAAGUGACAGCAUUAUUCCUGGUGUUCAGAAAAUCUGGAUCCGUACAUGGGGAUGUUCUCACAAUAAUUCAGAUGGUGAAUAUAUGGCUGGACAGCUAGCCGCAUAUGGAUACAAAAUUACAGAUAACUCUGCUGAAGCAGAUCUAUGGUUGCUGAACAGUUGUACAGUAAAAAAUCCAGCUGAAGACCAUUUCAGAAACUCAAUCAAGAAAGCCCAAGAAGGGAACAAGAAAGUGGUUUUAGCAGGCUGUGUUCCUCAAGCCCAACCUCGUCAGGACUACCUGAAAGGCUUAAGUAUUAUAGGGGUUCAGCAGAUAGAUCGUGUAGUAGAAGUUGUAGAGGAAACUAUUAAAGGUCAUUCUGUGAGACUGCUGGGUCAGAAAAAGGAUAAUGGAAAACGUUUGGGUGGAGCACGACUGGAUUUGCCAAAGAUCAGGAAGAAUCCACUGAUAGAAAUAAUUUCCAUCAAUACAGGGUGUCUCAAUGCAUGUACUUACUGCAAAACUAAGCAUGCCAGGGGAGACCUAGCAAGCUAUCCCAUUGAAGAACUAGUGGACAGAGCCAAACAGUCUUUUCAAGAGGGUGUUUGCGAGAUAUGGCUGACCAGUGAAGACACAGGGGCUUAUGGCAGAGACAUUGGCACAGACCUCCCUACGCUUCUGUGGAAGCUGGUUGAAGUUAUUCCUGAGGGAGCUAUGCUGAGGCUUGGCAUGACAAAUCCUCCCUAUAUUUUAGAGCAUCUGGAGGAAAUGGCAAAGAUUCUCAAUCAUCCAAGAGUGUAUGCUUUUCUGCACAUACCAGUCCAGUCAGCCUCUGACAGUGUGCUCAUGGACAUGAAAAGAGAAUACUGCGUGGCAGACUUCAAACGAGUAGUGGAUUUCCUUAAAGAAAAAGUGCCUGGAAUAACGAUUGCUACAGACAUCAUCUGUGGUUUUCCAGGAGAGACAGAUGAAGAUUUUCAAGAAACAAUGAAACUUGUGGAACAGUACAGGUUUCCGAGCUUAUUUAUUAAUCAAUUUUACCCACGCCCAGGAACCCCUGCUGCAAAAAUGCAUCAAGUUCCAGCUGCAGUGAAAAAACAAAGAACAAAGGAUCUGUCUCAGCUGUUUCAUUCAUACAAUCCAUAUGAUCAUAAGGUUGGUGAGAGGCAGAGGGUUCUGGUAACAGAAGAAUCCUUUGAUUCCAAUUACUAUGUUGCUCACAAUCCAUUCUAUGAACAGGUUCUCGUGCCAAAGGAUCCUGUGUUAAUGGGUAAGAUGGUAGAAGUGAAUAUUUAUGAAGCUGGGAAACAUUUUAUGAAGGGGCAACCAGUGUCAGAUGCCAGAGUUUAUACUGCAUCCAUCACAAGACCAUUAGCAAAAGGAGAAGUUUCUGGCUUAACAGAGGAGUUCAGGCACGCACCACGGAAUGGCACAAACUGGAAAGGACACCCUUCUGCUGAGAUCCCAGUGAAAACGUCCUUCAGCCCCUGGAUGCCUUUGCAGCUCCCAUGGCAACAAGAAGGAAGUGGACUGAAGAUACUGUCUGUCAGCCUGGCUUUACUGGCAGUUCUUGUCAUGCUUUACUACAGAGGGAUGAAAACAGAACUGUGAACUGAAUGAGGCUUUUAGGAAAACAUAAAAUUGCUGUUUAAAAUCUUCAAAAGAAACACUUUUACCAACACAUGUCUCUCUCUUAAAAAAAAAAAAAAAAAGAUAUAAAUUGGGCAAUAAUUUGUACUCCUGCUAUUUGGACUCAUGCCUUUCCUGUUAUUCAUAGGAGAGAAUACUAAUAAGCUCUAUGGAGAUGUACCUGCCAAAGUUUGAGAACUUGGUGUGGCAGAACAGUUUGUUGCAUCUUUCCUCCUCUUCUAUUUUUUCUAAAACAAUGCAAUGUUUGCAUUGCUUACUCUAUUUAUUACUGCUCUGGCAGGUAAAAUUUUAUACAGGAAACUCCUGAAGCUUAUAAGAAAUCUUUUCAUUGAGUAUUGUUGGUAAUCUUUUAUGGGUAGAACAUUUAUAACUUUCUUAAAGAUUUUGCUUAAUGCAGUGUGAUGGUUUGAUGUGUGCCUUUUUACAUUAGAAUCAAACACUGCUGGGCCAUUAAAGUUUGUCAUUUGUUGCUAUUGAUUUUGCUGUCAUGUCUGAAAGAAUUUUUGGCCUGCCAUCUUACCUCUGUCAACUUCAGAGUGAGUUACUAAGCUUUGUUAAUACAACAAGAAUUAUUUUUUUACAUACAAAUAGUUUUAAAGUUAUUUUUAUUAUUGAAUGGGAAGAUGGGAUUCUAGUGGUAGAGUUCUAAAGGAUGGAUUUAAUACAGUCUCCAUAGACUUAGCAUAAUGCUCAGAUUCACCUAAUGUGAAUCUCAUAUUAGCUGUAUAUUGGAUCAUACUGUAAGACAAUACAGCUCUGAUGGUGGGGAGGCUACGCUUUGCACACUCCAGAUUUCUAAUUAGUGACAUUAAUACAUGUCAUCAUUUAUUUGUUCUUGUCUUGUCACCUUUGUGGAUCUUCCUCCAAACUUCCACUUGCAAAGUCUGUUUUAAAUCCUAAAAACAGGAGCUGUCUUUUUUUAGUAUGUUUAUGUAGUAUCCAGCACAGACUGAGCUGGGCUCCAAACAUGGCUCUACAGUGCAGAUGAAUAAUCUGCUAGGAAGAAUGCUUUGUACUUUUUACGUUGAGGAUUUAUCACAGUUACAGGCAAAUUAAUCAAGAAGUUCCACCAUGAUGGUCCCAGUACAGUCUGUAAAUUAUAUCAACAAAUAAGAUCAUCUUCAGGAAAUUAGGUGUGUAUUGACUUGAAUAUUAUAUUUCUUAUUGCGACCACUGAAGGUCAUGAGCCAAAACUCAAAAAUUUUGAGAUUUAAGAAAAAGCAAACAACAGCAAUAACAAAAACUGUGCUCUUGUUUUGCUUCUGUCUCUCCAGAUUUUUCUCUACAACCAGGAAUAUGUAACGAUCAAUAAUUUACAUUUUUAACAAAUCUGAAAUUCUAUUAAAAAAAAACACUUGACUCCAGGU